CUCUCGCCGAUUCUCCUCGCACAUCUCAACCAACACAAAACUUCUUCUCUUCCUGUAAAUCGUGUAUACUCAUUAUACUCAAUACCCUUUCUUCUUCAACCUUCUAUCACUCCUCAACAAUGGCUCCUUCCUUAGCUGUUAUGCUACUUGCUUCUUUGUUGAUCAGCUCCACAAUGGCUCAAUCUCCGGCUUCGUCGCCAGCAUUGUCACCCACCAACACCCCCGUUGCCACUCCACCAAGGAGGGCGUUGUCUCCGGCUCCGUCUCCUGUCGUGGUUCCACCGUCGUCUGAUUCACCGGCUGUUUCACCGGCUGCUUCACCCGCCACCGGAACAUCUCCUCCUGCUCCACCUACAUCCCCUUCUGAGUCCCCAAAAGCUGCCACUCCCGACGUCCCUCCAUCCACAAUCUCGGGUCCACCAGCUGAAGCACCAGGACCAGCUACAAACGGUGCCGUCUUGAACAGACUCGCCGGAUCUGCUGUGGUCCUCGCCAUCGCUGCAGUUGUGCUGGUGUAGAAGGUAUUCUAUGCUGUUUUGUUAUCUUAUCUAUUUAUUUUUCUAUCAUUUUUUUCGGGAGUACUUGAGUCUUGAUUUCCAGUACUUCUUUCUUUUUGGGUUUUGGUGAUUGAUCCGGUGUCAUUGAGAUUCAUUUAUUUGAUUGUUUUGUACAUUUUAUUACUAUUUAAUAUUAUAAUUAUUAUUAUUUAUAAUAUAUGCAGCCUUUUAGUUUGUCACCA